CUGGAGGAUAAGGACCGGAGAGUAACGGAAACAGAGAGAAGAGAGGGAGUUGAGAGAGUGCUUGUUUGAUCUCACCAUGUUGAUUUAUUAUCUCCCACAGUUGCGACCACUUUCUCCUCUCUGGGUUUCAUUUCAGACUUUGCAGAUCCAAUCCCACAUCUGAUAUGUUAUCCAAGCUCUCUUUAACUCCUCCUAGUUCAAGAUGAGAACCGUCAACAACAGCUUCGACACCAUCAACGCCGCUGCCACUGCCAUCGUCUCCGCCGAGUCUCGUGUGCAGCCAACCACCGUUCAGAAAAGAAGAUGGGGAGGCUGCUGGAGUAUUUACUGGUGUUUUGGCUUUCAUAAAAAUAGCAAGCGAAUUGGUCAUGCUGCUCUUGUUCCUGAACCUGAAGUAACUGGAGCUGUAGUUACUUCUGCUGAAAAUCAAACACACUCAACUGCUGUUGCAGUUCCUUUUAUUGCCCCUCCUUCUUCUCCUGCUUCAUUCCUCCAAUCUGAUCCCCCUUCUGUCACUCAAUCACCUGCAGGAUUGCUUUCUCUUACUUCUCUUUCUAUGAAUGCCUACUCCCCUGGUGGACCUGCAUCCAUUUUUUCCAUAGGUCCUUAUGCUCAUGAAACCCAGCUAGUUACACCACCUGCGUUUUCUGCCUUCACCACUGAACCAUCCACUGCACCUUUCACUCCGCCUCCUGAAUCUGUUCAGCUGACUACACCUUCUUCCCCAGAAGUGCCAUUUGCUCAACUCCUGACGUCUUCUUUGGAGCGUGCUCGAAGAAACAGCGGGACCAAUCAAAAGUUUGCAUUAUCCCAUUAUGAAUUCCAGUCUUAUCCACUACACCCAGGAAGCCCAGGCAGGCAGUUCAUUUCACCAGGCUCAGUAAUCUCAAAUUCAGGCACUUCUUCUCCUUUCCCGGAUAAACACCCCAUUCUUGAGUUCCGUAUGGGGGAAGCUCCCAAGCUCUUGGGCUUUGAACAUUUUACCACUUGUAAAUGGGGUUCAAGAUUGGGUUCUGGAUCUUUGACGCCAGAUGGAGUGGGGCUAGGUUCAAGGCUUGGUUCUGGUUCCGUGACUCCAGAUGGUGUGGGGCUGCGUUCAAGGCUUGGUUCAGGAUCAUUGACACCUGAUUGUGCGGGGCCUGCCUCUCGAGAUGGUUUCCUUCUUGAAAAUCAGAUUUCUGAGGUUGCAUCCCUUGCAAACUCUGAAAAUGGAUCUAAAAAUGAUGAAACUAUAGUUGAUCACAGAGUCUCAUUUGAGUUGAGUGGUGAAGAGGUUGCACGUUGUCUUGAAAGCAAGUCAAUGCAAUCAUGUAGUACUUUCGUAGAAUGCUCACCGGAGGACCGCGUAAAAAGUGGGAAGAUGCUAAUGAAUAGUGAAAAUUGUUUACAUGUCAAGGAAACUUCCAAUGAAUUACCUGAGAAACCUUCAGGAGAAAUGGAAGAGGAACACUACCAUAGAAAACAUCGUUCUAUCACACUUGGGUCAAUCAAAGAGUUCAACUUUGAUAAUUCAAAAGAAGUACCUGAUAAGCCCACAAUCAGCUCUGAGUGGUGGGCAAAUGAAACAAUUGCUGGGAAGGAAGCUAGGCCUGUCAACAACUGGACUUUCUUCCCAUUGUUACAGCCAGAGGUCAGCUGAAAUUGAAAUAGAUUGCUUUACAAAAUUCCCUCCCCUCUAUGCAGGUUUGCUUUACUGAAUGUCUAACCUGUAAGAUGAAGGCAACUGUGUUUUGGCGAUACAGUUCACCGGGUCUGGGAUCACAUGAGGAUGCGGAAUAGAUUGCAUGGAUAUAAGGAAAUUAAUCUGCUGCGAUCCGAUCCACAAGUAUCCAGAAAGUAGUUUGUAGGGAGCAUUAGUUUGAGAACUAAUAGAGCAUUCUUUUUAAUUUUUUUGUUUCUAGUUGAACGAUAUACAAAAAUAGCAUUUGCAUAUAGUGUUGUGUUCUGGAUUGUUUUUUCUUGUCUUGUGUAAUAAUGAAGAAAAAAAAAAAAAAAAAAAAAAGAAGUGCUUUCCCUUAUACAAGAACACGCGAGUUCUAGGUCUU